GCUCAGUUGUGUGUAUACUUUCUCUCCAGGAAAGAAAAACCCUAGCCCUCUUCUCCCUUCAAGUCUUCAACCAACAAUGACAGGAGAGGCAGUGAACCCAAAGGCAUAUCCUUUGGCCGAUGCACAGCUCACAAUAACUAUAAUGGACCUUGUUCAACAAGCUGCUAACUACAAACAGCUCAAAAAGGGUGCUAAUGAAGCCACUAAGACCCUCAACAGAGGCAUUUCUGAGUUCAUUGUUAUGGCUGCUGAUACUGAGCCCCUUGAGAUUCUUCUUCAUCUUCCUUUACUUGCUGAGGAUAAGAAUGUGCCUUAUGUGUUUGUCCCAUCAAAACAAGCACUUGGGCGUGCAUGUGGGGUCACACGGCCGGUGAUUGCUUGUUCUGUGACAACCAAUGAAGGAAGUCAAUUGAAGUCCCAAAUCCAGCAACUAAAGGAUGCUAUUGAGAAGCUGUUAAUCUGAAAAAUUCAUAAUCGGUAUGAUGGGCUUCUUGAGUUUUGGCGAUUGCGCCUUCAGAGAGGCUUUGACUGGACGAGUUGCUAUGUUCACAUAUAGGCUUUUAUGUAUUGAUUAAUUUUCUUACUACUGUGAAAGCUUAUUUGCAAGUGGUAUAUUUGUUUUAAGUUAGUAUGAGUGAUGUUUUAAACUUGAUUCAACAUAGAUUGAUGUUUUAAACUGAUACAAUGUAUUGUUAUGUGCAAUUUUAUGUUGGUUAUUAAAAGAGAAUUUUGAAG